AUGUCACUAACGAGUAGAGAAUUGAAUUACCUAAUAUGGCGAUAUUUUCAAGAAGCGGGUUAUGAUCUAUCCGCAUUCACAUUUGAUCGACAGUCACAAUGUCUGAAAUACGAACAUGCAGAAAAUGAAAAGAUAAUUGAAAAGAUUGAGCCUGGAUGUUUAGUAGAUUUGGUUCAGAAGGGGAUACUAUAUACUAUUGCUGAAUCAGAUGCCAAAGAUGAUAGUGAUUAUACUUUAUUAGGAGCACUUGUGCAACAAGAAAUCGCCAAUUUGAGUGAUUCUAAUUUUUCCAAGGCAAAGAACCAGAAGAGAUUUCAGCUAAAGUCGGAAGUUGAAAACGGUAAACAAGAGGGUGAUAUGGAUCUUGACAAUGGGCCAGAUCAUGCCGACUUCGAAACAAAGGAAAUAUCAACAGAGUUGAGUUUUUCAUCUAGUUUGUCUUGUGAUUGGCACCCUAUUAGCGAAGUUCUUGCCUAUGGUAAACCUAAUGGCAGCGCCAUCAUCAAUGCAAUAAAGGAAGGUAAAUUUGUUGAGUCAGUGGAAAUAAACCAUCCCGAUUUACUAAAUGUGAAGAAUGAGAUAAAUAUUGUAUCUUGGUCACCAUUGGGUAAUUUACUACUUACAGCAGGGGCAUUCAGUGAAAUACGAGCCUGGUCACCUGACGGAAAGCUCAAAAAUAUCGCAAACACAGUGUUCGAAGAUAUUAAUGCCGAAAGUGAGAUUAAACAAUCCCUCAUAACAAAUAUUUUAUGGAACAAGCUGGGUAAAUUUGUAAUUACCAUCGACAGCGCCAAUAACACAACAAUAUGGGAUGGUGUAACGUUGUCAUUGGUACGACAAAUUCAGACAGAGGAACUAGACGAUGCAACAACUGCUGCUGUACAAACUGCUUGUUGGCUAAGUGAGGAUAAAUUUGCUCUUACUACAGCCACCCAGGGAAUUAAAAUUUUUGACAUUGUACAACCUCAUGUUGGUGUUAAUAAUUUUGAGGUGAAAUCAAUCGGAAGUCUACCUGGACAUCAAAACCACAUUUCACUGAUGAAACUUAAUGAAUUUUCCAAGCUUUUAGUAACAUGUUCGGAUUAUGAUUAUGAGAUUAAAGUGUGGAGCAGCUCAUCAGCCCACACAUACUUGGACUUAAAUGUGAAGUCAGAGAAGAAUCAAGGAUUGAAGCUACAUGCCUCACCCAUUGUUGGAUUACAUUGGAUUCCCAGCACAGAAAAAAGUAUAUUGGCAUCACUCUCAAUGGAAGGUAUAUUAAACAUAUGGGAUGCAGAGUCUGGUGAGAAUCUCAAAAGUUCAGAGUUGUUUAAAAAUGCUGAAAAUUUCUCUCCUGAGCUACGCCAUCACGUAUCAAAAGAUGUGUUACUAUUUAACAGUGUCUUGUCACCAAAUGGAAAACUACUAGCGGUAGGUGAUGAUUUUGGAAAAAUAUCAGUAUGGGAUGUAAAUAUAGAGGGUCAUGGAAGUGAAGACAAAAGUUUUGUUAGAUGUGUUGCUAUUUACACACCAGAUAUACCUGAAGUUGAAAACAAAGACUCUACUAUAGGAUUAAGUGAUUUACAUUGGGAUCACGAUUCAAAAAAGCUAGCUGCGUCAUAUAUUGGAAUAGAAAGUGUAAUAGUUAGUAUUGUAUAA